CUGUUCUUGAGCUAUCUAGUCACCAGAACCUCUUCGACGUUUCACUUGCUGUAACUCGCUUGUUCGAUCCUGCUAUUUGGAUCCUGAUAUAUCUCGAGACGUCUUUGAUCUACCUGGAAGCUUGAGAAAUUCCGUCUCGGGCCGUCAAGAUGUCGGCUUUAUUCAACUUCCAGUCGCUUCUCCUCGUUUUUUUACUUAUAAUCUGUACGAGCGCGUACGCUCAUUCCAUCAUGCCGGGGAUUAUGGACCGUAAUCAGAAUGGUUUCUUCGGCAUCUUUUGGAAAUGCGCGCGGAUAGGAGAACGGUUGAGUCCGUAUGUCAGUAUAUGUUGCGUCCUGAUGGCUGUGUCUCCAUUUUCAUCGGCGGUUGAAUGGUAUGAAUGAUACGUAUUUAAUGACUCUAGAGAAUGAACCCUUUCAAGCAAG